GGGAAGCUUCAUCGCUGCGAGAUUAUGCCGCCACCACCAUGAAUGAGUUCCUGGGCAUGUUCGGCUAUGAUGAUCAGAACAUGCGGGAUGAGCUGGCCCGCAAGAUCAGCUUUGACAAGCUGAACACUGCUACCUCAGAGGCCACUGCAACUGCUGCCUCUCUCCUUGGCGAGGAUGCCAUGAGCAAACGAGCCCGCUUCUCCAAGUAUGAGGAGUACAUCCGCAAACUGAAAGCUGGAGAGCAGCUCUCUUGGCCCAUGCACUUGGCCAAAUCUGAGGAGUUGGGCUCCAAGCUGGGCAAAGAAACUUCCUCAGUGCUGGCACAGCCCAUUCGGGUGCCAGGUCCAGAUGCCUCCAUGCUGACGGAGACCAAAGCCACCAUCCUGCCGCUGCCCUCUCCCAGCAGUUCCCAGAUGCAGGGUCUGAUGUCACGGGCCUCUAAAUAUGACUUCUUCAUUCACAAGCUGAAGACAGGUGAGAGCAUCAGGCCACAAAAUGGCAACACUUACAAGAAGGCCUCCAAGUAUGACCUAGAAAAUGUCAAGUACUUGCACCUUUUCAAGCCUGGAGAAGGAAGCCCAGAUAUGGGAGGAGCCAUCGCCUUCAAAACAGGCAAGGUAGGCCGGCCUUCCAAGUAUGAUGUGAGGAACAUUCAGAAGCUUACUCCAGUAAAAGCUCCAACACCCAGCCUGGCCCCUGCUCCCCUCACCAGUACCCCCAGCAGCACUCCUGUGGCUGGGCCGGAGCAGUCCGUCUCAUUGCCAUUCAACACUCCUGAGUACCUGAAAUCAACUUUCUCCAAGACAGACUCCAUCACAACUGGAACAGUGUCUACAGUAAAGAACGGAUUACCCACUGACAAACCAGCUGUCAGCGAAGACGUAAAUAUUUACCAGAAGUAUAUUGCCAGGUUCUCUGGCAGUCAGCACUGUGGACAUAUACACUGUGCAUACCAGUAUCGAGAACAUUACCACUGCCUUGACCCAGAGUGCAACUACCAGAGAUUCACUAGUAAACAGGAUGUGAUUCGGCAUUACAACAUGCACAAGAAACGUGAUAAUUCCCUCCAGCACGGCUUCAUGCGCUUCAGCCCCUUGGAUGACUGUAGCGUGUACUAUCAUGGCUGCCACCUGAACGGGAAAAGCACACACUACCACUGCAUGCAGGUGGGUUGUAACAAGGUCUAUACAAGCACCUCUGACGUGAUGACCCAUGAGAACUUUCACAAGAAGAACACGCAGCUCAUCAACGAUGGGUUUCAGCGGUUCCGUGCCACGGAGGACUGCGGCACUGUGGAAUGCCAGUUCUAUGGGCAGAAAACCACUCACUUUCACUGCAGGCGACCUGGGUGUACAUUCACCUUCAAGAACAAGUGUGACAUUGAGAAGCACAAGAGCUACCACAUCAAAGAUGAUGCCUAUGCCAAGGACGGCUUCAAGAAGUUCUACAAGUAUGAGGAAUGCAAGUAUGAGGGCUGUGUCUACAGCAAGGCCACCAACCACUUCCACUGCAUAAGGGCAGGCUGUGGCUUCACCUUCACCUCCACCAGCCAGAUGACCUCCCAUAAACGCAAACAUGAGCGCCGGCACAUCCGGAGCUCAGGAGUGCUGGGCCUGCCUGCCUCUCUCCUGGGGUCCAAGGAUAAUGAGCAAGAGGAGUCCAGUAAUGAUGACCUUAUUGACUUCUCCGCUAUGAGCUCGAAGAACUCCAGCCUGAGUGCCUCCCCCACCAGUCAACAGUCUUCCGUUUCUCUCAUAGUCCCAGCUGCACCCUCCUCUGCUGCUGAGCUUGCUUCCUCACAGGCCAGCAAGUCUGCCAACAGCAUGACACCAGCCACCAAGAUCUCUGGCCUGCUCUCCCAGGCUCUUCCCAGCAAUAUACCCUUGGCCCUGGCACUCUCCAACUCAGCACUUCCUGGAACAGCUGGAUCCUUCUUCCCCAUCAUCCCCAGUCGGGUCUCUACACCACUUCCUGCCAGCUCAGCUAACCUGAUGACUGCUGGUUCUUCUGGCACCAAUCCAACAUCAUCUGCUCCUACGGAUUCCUCAUCCCAGGCCAUUUCAGGAUCUGGUGAGCCAGCAGCUACUUCUUCUCCAGCUCCAGCGGCAUCUAUAAUGGAAAGGAUCUCUGCUAGCAAGGGAUUAAUCUCUCCUAUGAUGGCCAGGCUGGCAGCAGCUGCACUCAAGCCUUCUGUGGCACUUGAAGCAGGGAAUGGACAACCAGCAGCUCCUGGACGGUUCAAUCCAGUUCAGGUGAAGCAGGAACCUGUGGAGGCCAUGGGAUCGUCAUCUGCCACCAGUCAGGACUCCUUGCAGGAGCACAGCUUGGACCUGAGCGUCAAGGAUCAUGGUAAUGAAUCAAAUGGCCACACAGUCUCAGCAAAUUCAUCUCUUUUAUCCUCGCUUAUGAAUAAGAUGUCCAAGACCAGUGCCAGCCUUGGCAACUUGCUGAACAUUAAGACAGAAGGAGAUGGCAGCCAGCCUGGGGCUGGAGAGCCAACACAGUACUUGGGCAAGGCAGUGAAGGCACUUGUCCAGGAGAAGCUCUCUGAGCCAUGGAAGAUGUACCUGCACCGGUUUGGUACCAAGGAUUUCUGCGAUGCACAGUGUGACUUUCUCCAUAAGGUGCAUUUCCAUUGUGUCGUGGAGGAAUGCGGUGCCCUCUUCAGCACCCUGGAUGGAGCCAUCAAGCAUGCCAAUUUUCACUUCCGAACUGAGGGUGGAACUGUGAAAAGUAACUCAGAGUCUCCCUUCUCAACUACUACUGAGAAUAAGGCUUCACUUGCCCCUUCAUCACCAUCUGCUACUUCUGUCACCAUGGCAAGUGCUCCUGCCCUCGACGUGCCCACUCCAAGUCCAGCUACUGUGCCCUCUGCCCCUACACUGCUCGCUUGGAAGCAGCUGGCUUCAACCAUACCCCAGAUGCCUCAGAUCCCAGCAUCAGUGCCUAAUCUGGCAAGUUCACCCUUGGCAACGACUUCCCUGGAGAACGCCAAGCCUCAGGUCAAACCCGGAUUUCUCCAGUUCCAGGAGAAUGAUCCCUGCCUGGCAACGGACUGCAAGUACGCCAACAAAUUCCACUUCCACUGUCUCUUUGGGAACUGCAAGUAUGUGUGCAAAACCUCUGGCAAGGCAGAAUCCCACUGCCUGGACCACAUCAACCCCAACAAUAAUUUGGUGAAUGUGCGAGACCAGUUUGCUUACUAUUCGCUGCAGUGUCUCUGUCCAAACCAGCACUGUGAAUUCAGGAUGCGAGGGCAUUACCACUGUCUUCGUCCUGGCUGCUACUUUGUGACUAACAUCACCACCAAGCUGCCCUGGCAUGUGAAAAAACACGAGAAGGCAGAGAGAAGGGCAGCCAAUGGCUUCAAGUAUUUUACCAAGCGAGAAGAGUGUGGCAGACUAG